UUUUUUUUCGUUAAACCUCUGUUACUCUUAACCCCCACAUCAUGGCAGAUAAGCAAAAGCUUUUGUUCGUUACAGGCAACAAAAACAAGCUUGCAGAGAUGCAGGCCUUAUUGGGUGACCAUUUCCAACUUGAUUCCAUUAGCAUUGAUUUGCCUGAACUCCAAGGAUCUAGCAAUGAGAUUGCACGGGAAAAGUGUAAAAAAGCAGCAGAAUUUGCAAAGGGACCUGUCUAUGUUGAGGACACUGGACUAGGAUUUGGCGCUCUCAAUGGCCUUCCUGGACCUUACAUCAAAUGGUUCCUAGAGAGUAUUGGACUGGAAGGACUGGUUAAAAUGCUUGAAGGAUACACAGACAAGUCUGCUGUGGCCUAUUGCACAAUUGCAUACACCACCGGUCCUGGUUCCGAGCCUAUUCUCUUUGAAGGGAGUGUGAAGGGUUCGAUUGUCAAUCCUAUGGGACCACGUACGUUUGGAUGGGACCCUAUUUUUAAGCCCGAUCGCCACAAUGACACGUAUGCCACAAUGGACCCUGCUGUGAAAAAUGCCAUCUCUCACAGAUCCGUUGCUGUUCUGAAACUACGCCAGUACCUUGAGAAGGAGCUUGAGCUUCGAAGAUCGCUUGCUGUCAUGGAGUAGGCAAACUACUCUCAAACGGACAUUGUUCCUUUAUGCAAAUCUAUUCAUUCCUACUACAUAGACACGGAUGAAUUACUUGUUCAUGACCGAUAUCAAUCUGGAUCUCACAACUCUUUGUCAAUAAAAAGAUCGAUGUUUCUUGCGAUAUGCGGUCUGAUACUCUUCAAGCUAUGCAGUUUCAAUUCGAACAAGAAAUAAAAAGCCUUUUUCUUCAAGGACACACUGGGAGAAGGAAUACGAUUACAUCGACAUUCACUACUGCUUUUCUGGAGAACAUGUUCUGGCUAUAAAUUAAGUCUGUUGCAUUUGUUGUUGGAAGAUGGAAUGCGGUCAUAUCGCGUUUUCUUAACUUUUUUUAAAAAAGUUCUUUUGUUCCUUUUUAGCGG